ACUGAGGAAAGUUGCACCGCAACAGUAAUAGCUGAGAACAGUUCAAAAAACGGCUUGCAAUUCAGCUCGCGCCCGCGAAAUUAGCAAAAGUAUCGUAUGGAAAAAAGUCACAGCUGAAGCUUUGUCUCCAGCACAAUGGGACUACUGGCAUGAAGAUCUAGAGCAUGACGUGUGAUAAAAUUUUCGCAGCCGUUCUCAUUUCCAUUAUUUUCACAGAUCUGAAGUCACAGGUACGCAAUCCCUCGAGAACAUACCGCCGUCCCUGGGAUAUCGCGAAGUUUGUGUCAAGGGGGCAACCAAUAUGGACCUACAAGACUACGGAACAUAUAGACAAAAGCUGCAAGGUGGAUAUUGUGCGACAUGCCAGCGAAGUAUUUGUGACAUUCAAUCGAUCAUAUGACUACCAUGGACAAAGGCCAAAUAUUCAAAUGCUGGGACGAUUUGAUUUAACUAACAGGGCUGAGAUCAGGAUCGGCCGUGUAGUGGUCCUUGACACGGUUCACAAAGGCAAACAAUCGCGACUGUGCCAGCUCGUAUUGACGUCACACCAUUGCCAGAAGAAAUCAUCUCGGAAUAAAGACUUCAUGAGCCCUUGCAGCCCAGGGCUGGAUAUACAUUCUUGCAGUUCUUACGGAGAACCCACCUGGAUGAGCGACUAUAGCACUUGCAAGUGUGGAGCGUUAUCCUCUCCUUUGAACAAAAGGUAUGCUACCGAAUUGUGUGGAAAAAAUGGUAUACAUGAGUCCAGACACUAGUUGCGCAUUGAUUUUGGUCUCAUCAUUGGAUAUGAGAAGACAUUAUUUCGACCUCCGAGUGAAGAAUUCCUCCGUUGAAGCUGGACCUCACGCGUACUGCAGAAGGGAGUUCUGUCGGCUCAGAAAGCGUGGAACAGUUCUUUAUGAGCCAGCUUGUCAGAGAAGACUUAGGCCCUAUAAUUAAAUCACCUUUACCAAUAUUUGAGUGCAGCGUUGAGAACAAAGCCUUCGAUAUGCGAGCAUGGUAAAUGUUCUUGGCAUUGAUACGUUUACAUAAAAUUACAAGCAAAUAAAGAACUGAAGCGCCGCGUAAUGCCAGUGGAGUUACAUUGAUAUCUAGGCAAUAAUAGUUUGUGGCAGCGUCUUGCGAUAAUCAAAGAUCGUAUCCAGAGUUGAUGCAUUUAGUUGCUGCCUCUGAAACAAGGUUAUCUUAUGACAAGGCAUGUGGUAAAGUGAAUACUCUUAUCAACUUUGAUGAAUCUGCCUGAUUUGCUUCUUGCCAGGAAAAGUUGGUAGACCCCGGUAAGCAGGGCCUAUGGCGGAGAUGGCAAAUGGCUAAAUGAGGUGGUACAUAGACGGGAAACUGAGCCGGUUCCGCCGACAGUGGAUUCUGCUGUCGUUUGGGUCACGUAGAACACACGCUAGCUCUCUCCACGUCUUUCCGUAUAGCCUGGUAGGCGCGUUAUCUAGCCACCCCCCUUCUGUUUUGAGCUUUAAUAUAUCGGUUGGUGACACCAGAGACUGCCACCACUGCCCCAUUUUCCGUACAUUGUAUUUCUUCUCCACCGAAAUUUCCCCACACACACAUUUCCUUACUACAACGUUUGCUACUUCCUGCGUCGAAACCGCCUGGCAUACAAACAUAUUGUGGUCUUCGUAACUGUGCUACUGUGCUAAAGAAACUAGAAAGUGAGCCUAAC